CACGUGGUCAGGCCCACUCCAAUGGGCGGUGCCGCGGCGACCUGAAGUUCCCGGCUGCCCGUGCGGCGGCGGUGGUUGGGUGGUAAGAUGGCGGCUGUGAGUCUGCGGCUCGGCGACUUGGUGUGGGGGAAACUGGGCCGGUAUCCUCCCUGGCCAGGAAAGAUUGUUAAUCCACCCAAGGACUUGAAGAAACCACGUGGAAAGAAAUGCUUCUUUGUGAAGUUUUUUGGAACAGAAGAUCAUGCCUGGAUCAAAGUAGAACAGCUAAAGCCUUAUCAUGCUCAUAAAGAGGAAAUGAUAAAGAUCAACAAGGGUAAACGGUUCCAGCAAGCUGUGGAUGCUGUUGAAGAGUUCCUCAGGAGAGCCAAGGGGAAAGACCAGACAUCAUCUCACACUUCUGCUGAUGACAAGAAUCGGCGUAAUUCCAGUGAGGAGAGAAGUAGGCCAAACUCAGGUGAUGAGAAACGCAAGCUUAGCCUGUCUGAAGGGAAGGUGAAGAAGAACUUGGGAGAAGGAAAGAAGAGGGUGACUUCAGGUUCUUCAGAGAGAGGCUCCAAAUGCCUUAAAAGAGCCCAAGAGCAAAGUCCCCGGAAGCGGGGUCGGCCCCCAAAGGAUGAGAAGGACCUCACCAUCCCUGAGUCGAGCACUGUGAAAGGGAUGAUGGCGGGACCAAUGGCCGCAUUUAAAUGGCAGCCAACUGCGAGCGAGCCAGUCAAAGAUGCCGAUCCUCAUUUCCAUCAUUUUCUGCUGAGCCAAACAGAGAAGCCAGCUGUCUGUUACCAGGCAAUCACAAAGAAGUUGAAAAUAUGUGAAGAGGAAACUGGUUCCACCUCCAUCCAGGCAGCAGACAGCACAGCGGUGAAUGGCAGCAUCACACCUACAGACAAAAAGAUAGGAUUUUUGGGCCUUGGCUUAAUGGGAAGUGGCAUCGUCUCCAAUUUGCUAAAAAUGGGUCAUACAGUGACUGUCUGGAACCGGACUGCAGAGAAAUGUGAUUUGUUCAUCCAGGAGGGGGCCCGCCUAGGAAGAACCCCCGCUGAAGUCGUUUCAACUUGUGACAUCACUUUUGCCUGUGUGUCGGAUCCAAAAGCAGCCAAGGACCUGGUGCUGGGCCCCAGUGGUGUGCUGCAAGGGAUCCGCCCUGGGAAGUGCUAUGUGGACAUGUCAACGGUGGAUGCGGAUACAGUCACCGAGCUGGCCCAGGUAAUUGUAUCCAGAGGGGGGCGCUUUCUGGAAGCCCCAGUCUCAGGGAAUCAACAACUGUCCAAUGACGGGAUGUUGGUGAUCUUAGCAGCCGGAGACAGGGGCUUAUAUGAGGACUGCAGCAGCUGCUUCCAAGCAAUGGGGAAGACUUCCUUCUUUUUAGGUGAAGUUGGCAAUGCAGCCAAGAUGAUGCUGAUUGUGAACAUGGUACAAGGGAGCUUCAUGGCUACCAUCGCUGAGGGGCUGACACUGGCCCAGGUGACAGGCCAGUCACAGCAAACGCUUUUGGACAUCCUCAAUCAGGGACAGUUGGCCAGCAUCUUCCUGGACCAGAAGUGCCAAAAUAUUCUACAAGGAAACUUUAAACCUGACUUCUACCUGAAAUACAUUCAGAAGGAUCUCCGCCUGGCUAUUGCACUGGGCGAUGCAGUCAACCACCCUACCCCCAUGGCAGCUGCAGCCAAUGAGGUAUACAAAAGAGCCAAGGCACUGGACCAGUCUGACAAUGAUAUGUCUGCAGUGUACCGAGCCUACAUACACUAAGCCUUGCCCAUCCAUCCACCCCUCCCAUCUUCCCUCUGGCCUCUCUCCCCAAUAUGGGGUCAGGGUUCUGGGACUUAGCUCUGGACCAGUUACCUGUCUCCAUUUCCUUUUAUACAGACUUUGAGACUUGCAUCAGCACAGUAAACAGCAGCACUCUCCCUCCCUGAGGCCCUGGGCAGGGAUUGGAGGAUCUCCACAGGUGACUGUGAAGAACUCUUGAGCUGGGCAUUGGCCCUGGAGCAGGAGGCUGUGUAUUCUCACUGUUUCUCUUGUGUUCUCUGUCUCUGUCACACACACACACACACACACACUCUCUCUCUCUCUCUCUCUCUCUCUCUCUCUCUCUCUCUCUCGCUCUCUCUCGCUCUCUCUCUUACCCACCCCAGGUUAGAAACUGCCCAGAAACUGCUGCCUGGCUGUUCUUCCUCCAAGCUUGUCUUAUCUCAGCACCCUUCUGGUCAAGGGACUAGAGGAACUAGAAUUGGCAGGGAGCACAGGAAGCCUUCUCUCAACUUCCCCAGGAAAGAGGCUGGCAGAGGGUCCAUGCCCCCAACUGGGCCCCUGAAAGGAGAGGCCCCUGAGCCAUCAUGAACCAGCAGACUCCCAAAGGAGGCUCUGUGGGCCUCCUCCUGAGGAUUUUCCUGUAGACACUACCAUUAUGCAACACCUCCCCAGAACGCCUUGUGAACUGAAGAGAUGAGCUUGGCCACACAGACAACUGGCUCUAUGACUACACACUGGCUCUAUGGCUGGAGCCUGCUCCUCCCAGGAGGUUUUGUUUGGAUUUGCAUUCCAACCCAUGGGAUGGGGUCUUGAGGGCACUGGGAGCGGUGGAGUGGGGGGUGGCUCCUUCCUCUUUCCGUUAAUGGCAGUCUCUUCAGCUGGGCCACCUGUUCAACCUGCUCUACACAGGUCCUCUGCAUGCCCCUCUUUCCCUCUUCCUCCCAGGGAGAUAGUAUUUCUAUCACAUCCUCUUUUGGCCCAGACCCAGCCUGACCAACACCAAUAAUAAACAUUUCAUAGAUGAGCAUUUCAUAGGCUGGACUUUUGAAGUGAAAACCUCACUUCUGCCAGUUAUCAAUGGUUCCAAGUCCUGGGUUUGCUAGGACAGAAGAGAACUGGGCCUUGUUCUGCAACCUAACUGCUCCUCAGAGAUAGAGCCAGUCCUCUGUAGGCCCCAGCAUUUCUCCUUGAAGAGGGGACCAGAGAGAAAGGCUUAGAUUGUCACAUGAGAGGAAUCACCUGAGGGGUGUGCCUUCUUCCUCAUGAGUUAGGAUUUCCAAAGCCACAAUUUGACUUUUCCACUGGGAAGAACCUGGGAUAAGGAUCUCAGGACAUAGGCAUGGAGCAACAAAUGCUUUUGGGGUUCAGUACAAUUGCUCAUUCACUGGGAUGCUGAGCCUGUUUCUGUCUGAACAUAUCCUGUCUUGAUCCUAGGGGUUAGGGGAGGGGAAGAUGCUGUAAGGAAACCGGUUAGUCAAUGUCUUAAUAUUGUUGACAAUUCUGUAAAGUUCCUUUUUAUGACUAUUUCUGUUUAAGCUAUUUCACCUUUUGUUUUGAAAUCCUUCCCUUUUAAGGAGAAAAUGUGACAUUGUGAAAAUGCUUGUAAGAAAGCCCCUCCUCCCCUUUUUCCUUUUAAUGACAAAUCUAGGUGAUUAAGGUUGUGAAUUUUUAUUUUCGCUUUGUUUUUAAUGAGCAUUUGUCUUUCAGAAUAGGAUUGUGUGAUAAUGUUUAAAUGGCAAAAACAAAACAUGAUUUUGUGCAAUUAACAAAGCUACUGCAAGAAAAAAGAAAAAUAAAACAUUUCUUGGUACCACA